AGUCUGAUUACAGCAUCUUUGACAGCUUUAAAGGAAUUUGCCCUGGGGAAGAAGACAGCUGCUGCCCUGAUGAGGGAUUUUUCUGAGCAGGCCUCCCAAGCCAGACAUGUCAGUGUGAGAUGCUGCCUACAUUUUUCAUCGUGACCAACAGAUUGUCAAACUACAAUCAAAAGCACUUAGUACGAAUGGAACUGUCCCUGUCAUGAGAUUUGAACUCCUGGCAUCUUUAUCCACUGAAACUUGAGUGCCCAGGAGGCAGCAGAGAGGGGAUUGGGGGAGAAUUUCGCAAAGCCUGCAGCUGUGAGCUGGUUCCAGCAUGAGGAAAAGCCUUCCAUCACCCCAAUGCACAGGAAAGAGAAGACAGAUGACAGUAGCUAUCCUCCUUCCAUACUGAGAAAAAGGCCACCUGUGGACCAAGCUGUGGGGGAAAAGCGGAGAGCAGAGAGAAGGGUUCGAUUUCGUGAGCCAGAAGAAGUCAUUGAACAUGUCAUUUCCUGCUGUGACUACGUAGUGGCAGAUGACAGGGCAUCAUCUGGAUUGCCUGUGCUCCUGUGGCUCUCGUUUUGUGCAGUGCUGAUCCUUGCUGUGACUCUCUACUACACCAGCAUGAAGCAAGAUGUCAAAGUCCUGGAGGAAUUUCAAUCCCGACUUGUCAUCUUCUUUCUUCAUAUAAGGCACGUUGCUCAGAGGUGCUGGACUUGGUUUAUGAGGCAGUAGCAAUGUCCUCUAUCUACACUGCUAAGAAACAUCAGUGCAAAGCUCCCACCAGUGCAAAGCUCCUACUGCAGCCACAUGCAAGGAACACAUGAGCAUCCACCUCAAAGAGUGAGAAAAUCACCCUGCUGUGCACCACCCAGCAAACACGUGCUCUCCUUUUUCCUUCUUUGCUGUUGUGUUUGGUUUUUUCUUCACAUAAAUGAACAUUCAUACUAAUGCCUUGAGGUCCCACCAAACUCAUCCUCCAUCACCCUGAACAGCAAACAAGUAUCUGGAUUUGGUUACCCAGAGUUUAUAACUGCUGAUAUGGGGAGCAAAAGCAGAGAGAGAGAUACAUGGAUCUGUGCAGGCAGCAGCAAACUCGGGAGAGAAGUCUUGUGAGUCUCAGGUCAAGGCUUUAGAUACCAAACCAUCUUUCUCCUCAAAUCUCCUAAGAAUUAUUCUGCAAAGAUUAAAAUAAAGCUGAGCUAUUGCACAGACACUGCUCUGGUGGCCAAAGGCUUGGCAAGCUGCUCUAUUUAUAUACCUGAAAUGAUUAUUAGUAAAAUCCCA